GUUUAUUUAUUGUGGAAUCGUGGACCUUCGUGAACUAGAUGGUACUGAGGUCUUUAAAGUUUUAGUCGCUGCGGAUGAACUUGGACUUCAAAAACUUAUUGAUAAUACUCAGAAAUUUUUGAUUGAAAAUCGAGAUAAUUUCUUACGAGAAGAUCCAGCAAAAAUGCUGUGUAUCGUUACCUGCCAUGAAACGUUUGAUGAUAUUAAAAAAUUUUGUUUAGAAACUAUCUUAGCCGAUCCGGACAUCUUAUUUGGUUCAAAUAAAUUCCUGACAUUAGAAGAAAGCGCACUUAUGUCAAUUCUUAGAUGCGAUGAUCUUCUGAUGGAUGAAAUCAAUAUUUGGGAUUGCGUUAUUAAAUGGGGAAUGUCCCGAGAUCCUGAACUUAAAAGUAAUGUCGAGAGCUUUAAAGAUCAAGAUUUUAAAGAGUUAGAGGAUAGACUACAUAAUUUUAUUCCCUUAAUUCGGUUUCACGAUAUUUCAAUGGAGGAUUUUUACCUUAGGGUCUGGCCGUUUAAGAAGAUUCUUUCUGAAGAACUUGUAGAUGAUAUUCUCCGUUGUUAUAUGGUUUCCAAGGCUAUUCCGCGCUGUAAUGUAUACGAUCCAAGGGAUACAUCUGGGCUAGUUAACAGAAAACAUUUUACUUUAUUUGCAAGUUGGAUUGACCAAAAAUCUGAAAAUUAUACGAGAUUUAAUCAAAUUCCUUAUAAAUUUACUCAUAUUUAUCGGGCCAGCAAGGAUGGUAAUGAUGCAAGUACUUUUCACCAAAAAUGCGACAAUCAAGGAGCUACUAUAGUGGUGUGCAAGCUCGAAAAUUCAGAAAGGUUAGCGGGUGGAUAUAAUCCAUUGGACUGGAGUGGUAAUGGUCAAUAUAGAUAUUCACCUGAAUGCUUCAUAUUUUCAAUUGAAAACUGCAAUGAUCCUACUGCUAAUAAUAAUGUGUGUCGUCCAGCUGGAAGCUACUCUAAUAGUGCAGUUUAUUGUCAUAUUUCAUACGGUCCAAUAUUCGGAGGAGGUCAUGAUUUACAAUGUACACCACCUAAUCAGUGGAAUUGCAAUCCAUAUUCAUAUGGCAGUGUAAACCUUCCAUCUUCAUUCAAAUCAUCCGAUUUUGAAGUUUUUAAGGUGGAGAAAAAGUAG